CUCAAAAUCAGAACAACAACAUGCCAUUCAAAAUAUUCGAUACUUUAGAAGUUACCAUUAAAAACGGUGUUGAUCUUGAAGCCGCUGACUUUAAUGGCUUCAGUGAUCCAUAUGUCAUUGUUCAAACUAAAGCUCUUGUAGAUGAAAAGCUUCCUUCCUAUUUGAAAGAAGCAGCCAAGGGAUGGAAGCAAAAAACCUCCAUCAAGAAGAAGGAUUUAAAUCCAACCUGGAAUGAAACCAAAACUUUCCACAGUGUUUACUGUCUUGAUAAAGGUGAAGGAAUUAAAGUACUUUUCAAGGUUUUUGAUUGGGAUAUGCUCUCAAGAGAUGAUGCUAUUGGAAAGGCAGAAAUUGUUAUCAAUUUUGACAAGCUUGAACACAAUAAGGAAUAUUCUGAGACUCUCAAAUUAACAGAUUGUAAAUCUGGUAGCUUGAACAUUACCUAUAAGGUUGUUAACUUUAAUCAAUGUAGAGUUGAAUCUGGUUAUCAAUAUCACAACUUGUUCACUCCACCAGUUGCUGAACUUUGUGCUCCAAAAGACUUUUCUCUACUCAGUUCUAGCUCUGUUGGUGUUGCUAGUGUUGCAAUCUUUGCCAACAUGAAGAAGGGUUACGUUCUCUUGUCAACUCUCACCAAAUUAGAAUCAGGUGAUUUAGAUUUUGCUGCCAUUGCCAAGAAUAUGAGUGAAGAUCGUUUCCGUGAAAUGAGAAAGGAAUAUUCCAAGGUUGAUAUCAAAUCACGUGAUGAGAAUGUCAACCCAGAUCCUCAUUGCAAGAAUAAGUUCAUUACCCACAUUUUGGAAUUUGUUUUGAAUGUUGAAAAGAAGGGAUUGAAGAUGAUUGGUACUUUGAGAAUUGUUGGACAUUCUAAUGGAUAUUUGGGUAUUUAUGUUUAUAUGGAACCACAAGAAAGCUUGUACUCUAGUGGUUCAGGUCAAACUGAAUUGGCUAGAAUAUCCGAGAGUACUAUCUUUUUGAAUUAAUAAAUUAAUAGAAAAUAAUUGGUUC